UUAUUAUUCAUGGUGUUUAUCUACCGCUUUUUAUUAGCGCAUAAACAUGUAUUUUUCUGUUAAAUACAUUGAUUUAAAUACUUUUGAGGAGACUAAAGACGUGGAUGCCUAUAAUAUUUCUGAUUUAACAGACGAUGCGAAGAGGGCGAUAAAUGUGCAGAACAAGGAGCUAAUAGUGAAUCCCGACUGUUUCAUAGCAAUUAUAAUCGAUUAUGUAUUCGCAGCAGUUGGUAUAGGCGACGAUAUUAGAACUAAAUUCGACAUAAUCACCAGCCAAGGAAAACCGUUAACGGUACAUAGUUACCCUCCUACAAGCAGCGGAUUAAAUAUAUUUAUCGAUGGGGAACAAUAUUACGUUGCAUUCUGUGAUAUGGGAGUAACCAAGCCAUUGCUGAGCAAAACAUCUCAGGAGUAUUUCGACCUUAUUGAAGGCAGGAAGAGGAAGGUCAAGACGAAAAAGAGUAAAUCCAGCAUCACCAGAAGCAGCAAGGAAUCUGCUACACACCUACAUAGGCUAAACAGCGCUCGUACUGUGAAAGGCAGCCCAUCAAGAGCAAAAGGAAUUGUGGAAUAAAAAUACUAUAA